AAAUUAAUGUCCUAACAGAAAAAUCAAAAGAAUAUUGUGGUAUACAAUUAUGAACCUCAUCCAAAGACUCUGACUGAAUAAGUUACCAAUAUUCAAUAAUCUCAAAUGCAACCUGACGAGUCGCCCUUCAAUGUUUCGAAAAUAUUGAAAGCUAAACAAUAACAAAGCAACAUCUUUCAUCUUCCUUAGUAGGAUCUUGUAGAUUACAGUAAAGUCACUCCACAUUAAAAUGCGGAAAGUAAGUGUUCAUAAAAAUACUAGAAAUCUUGCCAUUCGACAUGUUCUGGUGGAAUAGUUAAAAUUUAAAAGAAAACAAGAAAACAGAUGCCAAUACUCCCAUAAUUCCCAAUGUGCACAUGGUUUAGAGCAGACCUCAAACUGCCACUUAGCAGAGAGUGAGUACAGAGUCCAACAAUUAAAAACUAACUGAAUAACAAUUCCUUCAAAUUUAACAAUAGCAAUACUAAUAAUUUUUGCAAUUAUAAUAACAAUAAUAACUCAAACUUUAAUAAUAAUAAUAGUUAUAACAAAAUGAUUAAUAAUAAUAAAAUCCGAAUCCAUAUGAUAUAAUUAAAGAGCAUAACCUAAUGAUUGAAACUGCAUCAUUUGCUGUAUAAGAUAAUAAUAAUUAAGCAUAAUAAUAAUAAUAAUAAUAAUAAUAAUAAUAAUAAUAAUAAUAAUAAUAAUAAUAAUAAUUAUCAAAUUAGUUGUAGAAUCCAGCAAAAGUAUAUGACAAAGUCAACAACCCAAAUACUGAGCUGAAAUAAAAAAAUCCCAAUUUCUCUGAUGUUUUUGGAAAUGGUCUAGAAAAAUAUUACCAAUAAAAACCAUAACAAAAUAGUGGUAGAAAACCAUAAGUUGAAUACAUGUAAGAAAGUGAACUCUAUGGGGCCAAAUAUCAUCAACGAUAGAUGUUAAAAGGGAUGAGUUCUUAAAUGGAUACACACAAAUAUUAUGAUCAAAUGUUAGAUAAACAAACUCAAGAUUAACUUAAGUCAAAGCAACCAAAAAGUAAAUCGCAGUCUCCUUAAGCCUCACCUGGUAAACAUCUUGAACAAGAUGAGAAAUUGUUUCCCAAACCAUAAUACACUGAAAUGAGUAUCAGAGGAAUGGGAAAGGAAAUCAAUUGGGAAAAAUUGAGUGCACAAUUAAACGCUAUUUAAAUGCAAUUAGCAGAUAUUACUGUUGUGAAAGACAAGCAAGGAAAGGUCAAACAACACAAGAUAAUAAUAAAAUAUUUUGAUUAAGGAAAUUUGUAAGGUGUUAAAUAAUGGGUACUUACAUAAGGAGGAAGGAUAGUUGAAGAAAGAGUAUUGGAGUCAGAAGAGGAAUUCAAGAAAAUGAUCUAAUUAAAGGAGGGACCAAAGCAAAGGCCCUUGAGAAUAGCUGAAGAGAAGGAAAGAUUAAAGCAGUAAAAAAAGAGACCGUAAAGUGCAGUUCCCGUUUAAAAGUAAAAGAAAUGA